ACAGAACCCUGCCGAGCCGGGACAGCAGCUGGCACCAGCAACAUGUUCAAGGGGGUGGCCAAAAGCUCCCCCAGCAGGAGCUCCCCUGUCAAACCCAGCAAGUCCUCCACCAACGAGCUGGCCGUGCUCAUCUCCCGCAUGCAGACCAACGCUGACCAGGUGGAGAAGGACAUCCUGGAGACUCAGUCCAGGCUCAAGCAGGAUUCCAGCAAUCACCAGAAGAACAAGGCUUUUGAGUUCCAGACAGAGAAUGCCAGGAACUUGAAGGAAGCUGAGACCCUGCUGAAAGAUCUGUUCCUGGAUGUGGACCGUGCCAAGAGGCUGAGACACCCACAGGCUCCUGAGAUAGAGAAAGACAUCCAGCAGCUCCACGACCGUGUGACACAGCUCUGUGCCGAGUACCGAGCCCUCUACGAGCAGCUGAACGUCCCCGAGGUGGGGCCCAGGGUGGACUGGGCCAGGAUCCUGGACCAGAAGAUGAAACAAGUCAAUGCAGGACAGUAUGGCCCUGGCAUGUCAGAGCUGGAGAAGCAAAUAGCUGAGCACAACAUCCUCCAGAAGGAGAUCGAAGCCUACGGGCUCCAGAUCAAGAACCUGCGCUCUGGGGAUGUGGCAGAUUUAAAAAGCCAGUACAAGGAUUUGCUGAAAGCUUCCAUCUGGCGAGGGCAGAGCCUUGGCAGCCUCUACCACCACCUCCAGGGCUGCACCAAGGAGCUGGGCUACCUGACAGAGCAGCAGACCAGGAUCCUGAAGCAGGACUGGAGUGACCAGAUGCUGGAUGUGCAGAGCCUGCGCAGGGAGUACGAGGAUUUCAAGUCCAAUGAGCUGCUCAGGCAGGAGGAGUUUGUGAACCACCUUCAGGACGAUGGGGACAGGAUGAUUGAGCUGAAGCACCCAGCCAUCAAACCCAUCCAGGCUCACCAGGAAGCCUUGAAGAACGAGUGGCAGAAUUUCCUGAAUCUCUGCAUUUGCCAGGAGAGCCAGCUGAAAAGUGUGGAGAGCUAUAAGAAGUUCCAGGAUGAUGCUGAGGCUGUGAGCCGCUCCCUGAAGAAGAUGAGCUCUGACCUGGACACCAAAUACAGCAAGUUCAACAAAGACAGCCCUGGGGUGGUGUCAGACCUGCUGCUCCAGCUGGAGAAUGAGGAGAAGGUGUUGAAGCAGGCAGAGAAGAGCAUCAGUGACCUGAAGAGAAGGAGCAGAGAGAUCAGCCCUCUGAAACUGCGCAGGACACGGCCCCCUGAGCCCCUCAGCCUGGACACCCUCUGUGACUGGGAUGCUGGGGAGGUGCAGCUGACCAGAGGGGACAAGUACACCCUGAAGGACAACAGUAACCCAGAGAUGUGGGUGGUCCAGAGCAGCACUGGAGUGGUCCAGGAGGCGCCUUCUGCCUGUUUCUCCAUCCCUCCUCCUGACCCUGAGUCCAUAGACAAGGUCAACAGGUUGGAAGGGGAGCUGGGCACGGUGAAGCAGAAGCGAGCAGCGGUCCAGAGCAGCCUGAGACGCAGCCAAAAGGAGCAGGUCCAGCCCAGCCAGCAAGCUCAGUCCAGGAGCCCUCCAGCAGUCCAGGAUGAUCCCCAAGCUGACAGGCUCCUCAGCAGCCUGGAUCGUGUUGGCAAGGACUUGGUCCAGGUAGAGAAGGAGGUUUUGAACAGAGUGAGGUCUCCUGUGAACUACAGUGACCCCACAGAUGACCUUGGCAGGAGGAUCAAACAGCAGCAGGAAACAACAAAGAAACUGGAGAACCUGGGGGCAGCCAAGGAUGCCUUGCAGAAGGAGUGUGAGACCUACCUUUCCAAGAAACCCACCAGCACCUCGGCUUCCCAGCUGCCUGUCACACUGAAUGCCCUCAGGAGCAAAUACAACGAUGUCAAUGUGCUCUCCAGCCUGUACAACGAGAAGGCUAAGGCUGCCCUGAACCUGGAGACUCAGAUUGAGAACACAGACAAGAUUGUCAGCACGUUUGAGGCCAAGCUGGCUCAGGACAGCAUCAUUCCUGCAUCCCCCAAUGCCCUGCAGGACCGGGCCAAUGACCUGCAGAAGAUGAGGCGUGACCUGGUGGCCCAGGAGGACUGUGUGCUGAAGCUGAACCGGGGGCUCAAGGAUGCUGAGCACAGCUGCAGUGCUGUGCAGAACAACUUCCAGGAGUACUGCCCUGACCUGCCCCGCCAGAGGAGGGAGGUGCAGCUCCUCAAUGAUCGCUACCACGCCGUGGCUGACCAGCUGGACCAGCGAGAGAAGACCCUCAGAAACAUCAGCCUCACCUACCAGCAGUUCCAAAACUCCAAUGAGAACCUGAUGUUCUGGAUGAACAACUUACCCAAGCACCAAGUGAAGACCACUGAUGGGCCAAGCCAGAUCAAUUACAAGCUGCAGGCACAGAAGAGGCUGGUGGGGGAGAUCCAGAGCAAGGAGCCUGAGAAGAAUGCCCUGGUCAGGCUGUCCCAGAACGUGCAGUCCACACUCAAUGACUAUGAGCUUGAAGCAGGCAAAUACAGCUCUUCCCUGGACCCUUCCCUGACUGACUCUGCUGCAAAGAGGCUGCGUGUGACCCCCCUGCAGGAAAGCAUCCAGGCCCAGGAAAAUGAUGUCACCAAGCUCUACAUGGAGCUGGUAGCAGAAAGCAAAGAGCAGCUCAGCCGGCUGGAGUUUGCCAAGAAGAUUGUGGAGAAGAAGGAAGUGCAUGAGGACAUUGAAGCUGUGCAUGAACAAACCCAGAAAGCUGAAAACAAAGCCACAACAAGCAGGGAAUCUGAGGGGUUGAAAUCACAGCUGGAAGAGGAAAGGAGGAAAGUGGCCAGGAUUGAAGAGGACCUGGAGGAGCACAGAAACAAGCUGCUGAUGUUGAAAACUCAGAAGCCCAUUGAAAGAGUGGAAGAAAAAGAGGUGAUAGAAUACUACAGAGACCCACAGGUGGAGAGCAACCUGUCUAGGAUGGCACAGCAGAUUGAGGAGGAAGGCAAAAAGAGGCAGAGCCUGCAAGAAGACAUUGAUGUGAUGAGCCGUAAGCUGGCCCAGAUGGAGAGCGAGAAGAAGGUGGCUCCUGCCCAGCUCCUCACCAAAGAGAUCACCAAAAUUGAGAAGGAUCCCAGCCUGGAUGGCCAGGCAGCCAGCCUUCGCCAGGAGAUCAGGCGUCUCCAGCAGGAGAGCUUGGCUGCUGCUUCUGAGCUCGAGCAGCACAAGAGGGAGCUGCACAUGCUGGAGCGAAAGCAGCCCAACAUCCGAGAGAAAGUGGUGGUGAAGGAGCUCAUCAAACUGGAGAAAAACCCAGAAAUGCUGAAGUCUGUUAGGACCCUGCAGUUACAAAUCGAUGAGGAAUCCUUCAAAAGAAAGUCUGCAGAAGAAGCAAUAGUGAAAGUGAAGAACAAGAUUGAAGAGGUGGAAAGACUGAUUGAGACAGCAGAACCCAAAAUUAUUGUUAAGGAGGUGAAACAGGUAGAGCAGGACCCAGAGUUAUUGAAAGAAACUUCCAAGCUUAAGACUCUGAUUGAAGAAGAGAGGAGCAAAAACUUGAUGCUGACAGGUGAGCUGGGAGAGCUGCAGAGCCAGUACAGCAUUGCAGAGAAGAAAAAGCCCAGGAUAGAGGUGAAAGAGAGGGUCAAUGAGAUCUUCUUGGUGGACCCUGAAACGGAGAGGCAGAUUGCACACCUGAAAAGGGAGCUGCAGGAAGUCACUCUGAAAAACAAAGUGGAAGAGGCCUUAGCAGAGCUCAAAGUCCUCAGGGCGCAAAAACCAGAGGUGGAGUUUAAGGAGGUCAUAGAGGAGGUGGUGAAACAUGAAAAGAGUCCAGAGAUUCUCAGAGAAAUUGACAGGCUGAAGGAGCAGCUCAAUGAACUUGUGAACACCAACGGCAGGACCCAGGAGCAGCUCAUCAGGCUGCAGGGGGAAAGGGAUGAAUGGAGGAGGGAGAGAUCCAAGGUGGAAACCAAGCUGGUGAACAAGGAAGUGAUCCGAUACGAGAAUGACCCACUCUUGGAAAAAGAAGCCGAUCGCCUGCGCCAGGAGGUGCGUAACAUGUCCCAGAAGAGGAGAGCUGCAGAGGACGCCAUCUAUGACCUGCAGAACAAAUACAUGCUCCUGGAGAGGAGGAAGCCAGAGGAGAAGGUGGUUGUCCAAGAGGUGAUACUGACCCAAAAGGAUCCAAAGCUCCGGGAUGAGCACAGCAGGCUGAGGCGCAGUCUGGAUGAGGAGGUGAGCAACAGGCGCCGCCUGGAGCGCGACGUGCAGCAGGUUCGUGUGCUGGUGGAAGAGCAAGAGAAGCUGCUCAACUUUCAGGAGGAUCGAAGCAAGAGGCUUGCACUGGAGAAGGAGAUGAGACAAAUUACACUGAGAAUAAAGGAGCUGGAGGAGAGCCCAGCCCCAGUGCAAGAAAAGAUCAUUAUGGAAGAAGUGGUGAAGCUGGAGAAGGAUCCAGUGCUGGAACAGUCUGCCAGCAACCUGCGCUUGGAGCUGGACCGGGAGAAGAUGGAGGUGCUGAGCUUGCAGAGAGAAUGCAAGAACCUGCAGGUGCAAGUCGAUGUCCUGCAGAAAACGAAAUCCCAGGAGAAGACCAUUUACAAGGAGGUGAUUCGAGUGGAAAAGGACAGAGCGCUGGAGAGUGAACGUGCACGUGUCUGGGAGCUGCUGAGCAGGGAGAGGGGAGCCAAGCAAAAGGCAGAGGAAGAGGUGCGGCGGCUCCGGGAGAAGAUCGAGAGGGCUGAAGGCAUGAAGAGGACGUGGGCUCGCGAAGAGACAGAGCUGCAGAAAGCCAGGAACCUGGCCAUCCAGGAGAGAGCCAGCUUGGAGAGUGAGCUGAGGGAGCUGGAGAGGCAGAAGCAGCAGAAAGUCCUCUUCCUUCGGGAGGAAUCCAAACUGCUCAGCCAGCGGACCCAGAAUGACAGGCAGAAGAAGAAGCAGCUGGAACACGAGGUUUCCCUGCUGGAGGCAGACAUCCUUAGGGAGAAGGACCAGAUCUACAACAAGGAGAGGUUCAUUCGGGAUCUCCAGUCAAAGGUCAACCGUGAAGAAAUCAAUCACGAGACCCAGAUGAGAGAGACGAACCUCUCCACCAAGAUCUCUAUCUUGGACCCUGACACGGGGAAGGACAUGUCCCCUUACGAAGCCUACAAGCGAGGUAUCAUAGACAGAGGCCAGUACAUCCAGCUGCAAGAGCUGGAGUGUGACUGGGAAGAAGUCACCACCCUGGGCCCAAAUGGGGAGGUCUCACUUCUCCUUGACAAGAAGAGUGGGAAGCAGUACUCCAUCGAUGAUGCGCUGAGGCUGAGGAGGAUCACAAAGGAGGAGUACCAGCUGUACCGGGAUGGCAAGAUUCCCAUCUCUGAAUUUGCCUUGCUGGUGGCUGGGGAAACCAAGCCUCCCUCGUCCCUCUCAAUUGGCUCCAUCAUCUCCAAAUCCCCUCUCACAUCACCCACUACCCACCAAACCCAAACCUUCUUCCCCCCAGCCUCACAGAAAGGCAUAUGUGAUGACACAUCCCCCAUUGCUGGGGUCUAUGACACCACCACCAACACCAAGUACAACAUCAAAACUGCUGUUGCAAAGAAGCUGCUCGAUCCCAUGACAGCUCAGAAGCUCCUGGAAGCCCAGGCUGCCACGGGGGGCAUCAUAGACCUCAUUUCCAGGGACCGGUUCUCGGUCCAUAAGGCGAUCGAGAGGGGGCUGAUUGACAGGACCUACAUGCAGAGACUGCUCAAUGCCCAGAAAGCUUUCACAGGCAUUGAGGACCCCGUGACCAAGCGAAGGCUGUCUGUGGGGGAAGCAGUUCAGAAGGGUUGGAUGACCAAGGACAGUGCUUUCCCCUACCUGCAAGUCCAGCAUCUAACUGGAGGGCUCAUCGAUCCCAAGAAAACUGGUCGCAUCCCUGUGCUGGAAGCCGUCCAGACGGGGAUGAUAACGAGCAACCUGGCCAACAGGCUCCAGGAUGAGUCCAACUAUGAAAAAGAUCUGCUUGACCCUGUCUCUAAAGAGAAGAUAAACUACAAGGAGGCCAUGGCUCUCUGCCAGAAGGAUUCCCUGAGCCAGCUGCUGCUGCUGCCGGCCGCGUCGGAGGGGUACCAGCGGUACCACCAGGCGAGCCGCUCCCCCAGGCUCUCACGGUUCAGGCACUGAAUGGACCAAGGCACACACUGGGGCUGGUUCCUUCAGGAGUUCAUCCCUUCAGAACACCUCUCCCCACGGAGGCAGCAGGCUCACAGGAAUGGAGAUCUAGUAUUUAGGGCUGCCUAUCUUCUCUCUUAGCUACCUGCCUCCCAACACAGCUCGGCCGUGCCAGGAAGAAAACAUGGUCGUGGGUCUGCCAUGGAGGAAUCCCCACAGUCCCUGGGUGCUGUUUCCUGAUCAGCCCAGAGAGGGGCUGAGUCUGAGAAUUUCAUGGGCAGUAGGUUAAACGUGGCUAUGCCCAGAGAGGGGAGAGACAGAGUGUUUUCCAGUUGGGUCAUUCUGCAUGCAAUAAACAUAGCAAGUGAGUGUC